AUGGCUGAAGCUCUCACGAUUCCCCUUCCUGUGGGAGACGAUAAGGCUCACAAGUCGUCCUUGGAGCACUCGCAGAACGACUCACUGGAAUCGAUAGAAAGGAUCAAAGAGAUUGAUCCUGAUAUCGAAAGGAGAGUAGUUCGCAAGUGUGACUGGUGGGUCGUGCCUGCUCCAACUAUCAUGUUUAUGCUAUCUUUCAUCGACCGUGUCAACAUCGCGAACGCUAAGAUCGAGGGUAUGGUGACAGAUCUUCACAUGAUCAAGCACGACUACAACAUUGCUUUGUUCAUUGUCUUCAUCCCGUUUAUCCUCUGUGAGACACCAAGCAACAUGAUUCUGAAGCGCAUUACUCCGCGCGUAUGGCUGAGCUUUCUGUUGUUCGGUUGCGGCCUCAUGGCCAUCUGUCAAGGCGUAACAGAGUCGUUCGGUGGCUUGGUGGCAUGUCGAUUCAUCUUGGGAAUCUUCGAGGCGGGUAUCUCCCCAGGAAGCAUCCUGCUCAUCACCAUGUACUAUCGUCGCGAAGAGCUACCUCGAAGGAUUUGCUGGUGGUACAUGUCAGGCACCGUAGCAGGAGCUUUCGGCGGGUUGCUCGCCUACGCUCUGGCUAACAUGAGUGGCGUUAGAGGGUACGGUGGAUGGCGAUGGAUAUUCAUCAUCGAAGGGUGCAUCACCGUCGUCAUGAGCAUAGUCAUGUACUGGUGGCUCGCAGAUUGGCCAGCAGACUGUCGCUUCCUAACCCCAGAUGAGCACAAGGUUCUCAUGUGGCGUUUGAUGGAUGACAGUGAAGGCGAUGCCAAGAUGAAUCGUGUGAAUUGGUCCAGGUGUGCAAAAGACUGGAAAGUCUGGAUUGCAGCCGUUAUGUACUUUGGCAUUGUAGCUCUGAACUAUUCGACUAACAACUUCAACCCCACCCUCCUCAAAGAGCUUGGCUACACGUCUGCUGCAGCUCAGAUCCACUCGAUCCCUUUGUAUGUUGUCGCUAGUGCGUUCUGCCUUGCAACUUGUUAUCUGUCGACGUAUGUCAACAGUCGAUUCUGGCCGCUGCAGUUCGGCGUGCUCCUAGGUAGUGUUGGCUUCAUCGUGCUUUUGGCGCAAAAGUCUACUGCGGUUGGACCCGGCAUUGCAUACAUGGCACUCUUCUUCAUCACCAGUGCCGGGUAUAUCGUCCAGCCGAUGGUUGUCUCGUGGGUCAUGAACAAUGCUUCCGGACAUUACAAGAGAGCCUUCACCUCAGGUACCAUGAUCGGCUUGGGGAACGCGGGUGGGCUUGUAUCCAGCAAUGUCUUCUUCCAGGAGGAGGCACCGUACUAUCCGACUGGAUAUGGAACUUCGUUGGCAUUGUUGAUUUUAACAAGCCUAGCGGCAGUGGUGUUUUGUGUUGGGCUGAAGAGAGAGAACGCCAGAAGAGACGCCGGCGAGCGUGACCAUCGGCUCCAGCUGUCCGAUUCGGAUAACCUUGGAGAUGAUCAUCCCUCCUUCCGCUUCAGCUUUUGA